UUUGUAUGUUGGGUACGGUAGGUCAUCCUCACACACCCUCUGUCGUCUGCUCGCUGAUCACUGUUCUGUUUUCUGUUUUGAAAAGCAAAGAGCAUGUUCUCCAGAUCCAGUUUCAAUUUCUAAGUUUAGCGUCGUGUAGUUUCAUUAAAACAGUGAUAUUCUGAUUAUCAGUGAGCUAUCAUUCAAUUGUGCUUUUAAAUUGGAAGACAGCUGGAACCAUCGUGUAACUUUAACCUUCACUCCACCAGAAGAUCAGCUGAUGAAAUGUUGACGUUGGUGAAUAGAUGUGCUAAUAGAUUUUUAGCCAUACACUCUGCCCAAAGAAGUGUUGUCUUUUUAUCAUCAGAAAGUGAUGCAGUUCCAAGCAAAAAGAAAAAGAAGCCACCUGAAAUCCGAAUAAAUCUAAUAGAGAACACAAGUUUGAAUGUUAUCAGUUUGGAAGGAGCGAAGAAACUUGCAGCGAAGAAAGGAGUUCAAUUAGUUCCAGUAGAUAAUCCUGCUCACUGGAUGCAUUCGGGCAACAGGACACCAUAUGAAUUUCUAACUCCAUCAAACAAAGUAUCUAAAAAACAGGAUGAUUUUAAAGCUCAAGGCUUUAAAGGUUUAAAGACCACUAUUUUUAGCUCUACUAUUCAAGAAAAUGAUAUAGCUACAAAAAUUAAGCAGCUAUCCAAAUGGAUUAGAAAUGGUUAUGUCAUUGAAGUUGCCUAUGACGUUUCUGAGAAGUCAAAUGAUAUACGUGCAAAGGUAGAAAAUACGAUUACAGAUGUAGCAAAAUUGCCUGGUAAUAUCAAGAGGCAAUCCAGUAGUCUGUUACGAAUUCAGUAUGUACCUGAGAAGACACUGAAUGAAAAGGAAAACUCACCAGUAACUCGAGACAAUUGAAGUAGUUAAUUUGAAUGAACUGAAAAAUAU